AUGUCAACAUUGACCCGCCUUUCCUACACCUCGACCAUGCGAGGAGAUCCCGGGGUGGCAUCGAAACAGAUUGAGGAUAUUGUGGCCAAGUCCGUGAAGAGCAACCUCUCGUGCCAAGUUUCAGGUCACAUGUGCUAUGAUGCGAAGCUGAAGCACGUGUGGCAGGUCCUUGAGGGCAGUCCAGAGGCUGUCCAGCGGCUUUGGACUACCAUUUGCCAGGAUGAGAGGCAUGUGGUCGACGAGGACACAGUGAAAUUGGAAAGCGUUGACAGCCGCAGCUUCCCAAUCGGCUGGGGGAUGCGCUGUACGAACUUCGGCCAAGGUGCUUCCGCAUGCGAAGACUGCGCGAAGAGCCAGCUCAUGCAGUUGAUGUACAAGUCGGUCAUCAACGAAGGAGAGUUCAGCGCCAAGGGCGUUGUGGACCAGAUCGUGCCCCAAGCAAUGGUGCAGAAUGCCAAGAACGGCAUCACUGGCUGGAUGCUCUACAACGACAGGACAUCCGUGGUUUAUCAAGUCCUGGAGGGCAAGCCGGAAUCCAUCGAGAAGCUGUGGGAGCGCAUCAGUCAAGAUCCCCGGCACCACGUCGUGACGGAGAGUGUGCGGCGCCGUGCGAUACCGCAACGGGAGUUCGCCAACUGGUCCAUGGCCAUGAACGAAGUGGAGCGCACUGCGUGGAUGGCUUCCUAG